GCCUACCGUUAACACCCAGCAGUGGCUGACCUUCGAGACUCCAAUUUGCUGCUAAAGGGCAGAGGAAAUCUGGGAUUGCUCCAACUGGGGAAUGAUACAUAGUAGCCACUGAUGUGUUUAUUGGUGCUCACUAAGUAAAUUCUGUGAAACAAGUAUACUUUGUCAUCUUCUCAGUUUCAAAAAAAAUGAGAGUUUGUGUUAUAAAAUGUUAUAAUGUAUUUUUAUUGCUAUGUGUGUACUAUGAAUUGUAAUGGUUUUAAUCCUGUAUUAAAUUCUCCUAUUGAGGUAAGUAAGAAAGAAUCCGGAGAGUUUGAGCAGUACUAACAACGCAGAGAGGUACUGAGGUAGGCAGGGUCUUUUGCUCCCUUCCUGCUUGUCUUGCCUGCCUCUCCCCAACUCCCCACUCUCCCAUAGCAGCCCAGGCUACUGUCUGUCACCUCUACUGUCUCUGUCACCUCCCUCCUCAUUUGUUAGGCCUUUUGCCCUUCGGGCUCCUUCCAAGUUUGCUUCCCCUUCUACCUCCAUCUGCCAUUUUCUGUGCAGGUGCAACUCUCCCACCCUUAGGCCUUAUCCCUUCCCUUCCCGCCCCCUUAGUUCCCCUCCUCCUCUUCCCUAGCUUCCUAUGUUUACCCCUUCCUUCCAUUACAUAAACAACCAAACAGAGAGCCUGUUCACCCACACCGGACACAUCAUUCUGAGUUCUAUGUGUUGUCAAAAAUUAAAGGGUUUUAUCUAGGAGAACAUUUCCAAAUGCUUUUAUUUAUGUUAGCUUUAUAGACUGCGAAUCAUCCAAAGGCUUUGGCCUCACUGUAGCACUGGUGGGUGGUUCACUGUUUUUCAGUUGUUGUGGUUAGAUGGCAUGUAUUCUUAUGUUUGUAUAAUGAUUAUUUACCAUUUCCAAACAACCACAAAUUUGAGAUCAAACUUCUUAGCCCAUCAUAAACAAUUAAUAAAAGAAGUAUUAACGAGAGAGAUAUUUCUACAAAUGUUGUGUGCUGGUCUGUGCAUGAUGCUUUAAUUUAUCUUUAGAUUACAUAUUGAUUAUAAAGUCUGACCAGGGUAUGGUGGGUGCCUCGUGCCUGUAAUCCCAACACUGAGAGAUGGAGGCAGGAGGACCAGGAGUUUGAGCUCUUCCUUGGUUACAUACAGAAGCCUGUCUGUGCUAUAUCAAGAUCCUGUCUCACUCACCAUACACACACACACACACACACCCCAAAACAAAACAAUAAUAAACUAAAAGUAACUUGAUAAUAGAAUAAAAAAUUUUAUCAGGAAGGCUUUAAUUUUUAAAAAUAACUUUUUUACUUUUUCUAUGAAGAGAUUUGAAAUAGAAAUUUUUUUUUGGCCUAGCUAAAAGGCACUAAAACCAGAUAUAAGUAAACUUAAAAGUAGAACAAACUUUUCUUUCUUUCUUUUUUUUUCCUAAAAGCCAACAGCUUUUUUGCUUAUAAACAACUAAGCAUUAAACUGUAAGAAAUCCCAACUCACUUAAAGGAAUCGCCAAAGGAGACUUUCUAGACAUAUACCAAAAUCUUUAUUAUAUUCUUGGCAAAAGAAAUUACACUAUGUGAUAACUUGAUUCUCUGUGUUGCUUAGUCAGGAUAUUUUGUUUUGAAAUUUUCUUCAUCAAAUAGCAGACCACAUACACCAAAGUUAGAGGGUCUGUGUCUCCACUGACUGAAGCUUUAGAUCGAUGGCUUCUGCAGUUCAGAUCUGUGAUGAGAUAUUCCUCCUACUUGGAUUUCUAAAAUCCUAGAAAUGGGUCAUGCUAAUUUGGCCCAUUUGAUUCCUUGUGAGAUACAAGCAUGUGGUAUGCAAGAAGACUUCGACAGGCCUCAGAGACAUUGCUUUAUUUUUGUAGAGGGUUCUGGUGGAACAAACUCCCUGGGAGAAUCUGUUGACUAUUCUUUUUAGACCACUGGUUUUUGAAAGAGAGUGACCUAAAUGCUUUUAUUAUGUUAGCUUUAUUAUGUAUGCUUGGGGUGGGGUAUGAAUGAGUGACAAAGUGUUUUGACAUUUUCCAUUCAUGAAUGGACUUCUGGGACAACAGAGAACCUGCAAGGAUGACUGAAAAAUGGCAAGCCUACCAUGCAGAAUGGCGGCAGCGUCUUCAAAAUGUAGCCUGGUUCUAGCUUUUUCUGUGAGAUACAUGAUUUAAUUUUUUUUUUAAGUUACUUGCAAGAAAUUUAAUGUUUUCCCUACAGGCAGUUUCCCUCCACCUGCCAGAGAGGGGCACAAUAUUUAGUGGAGGCACUUUUAUUAAUUUUACCUUGGUUUUUAAGUUCAGUGACCUUUAAAGGAGUUUAUAGAAGUGCUCAGCUCUAGGCAAUGAGAGGGCUUUAGGAACAGGACCAGCAUAAGCAGGUGAGCAUUGUUGAACUUUGGGAAUGUGAUGUCGGCUUCUUUAGAUCUAGAAGUAAUUCUUCCCCUGAACAGCACACCCAGGAAUUGAAAGAGAAUUCAGGGCCCAAAGGCAGUCACAGGAGAAGUGGCUCAUGGCACCCAGCAGAAAUACUGACACAUUACUAAGCGCUUUACAUUUUGGUUAAUGUUUGUGAGUCGGGACUGGAUUUGUUCUCCCUUUCUCUCCUUUCUCUCUAGGAUACAAAUGGUUACAUUGAGUUUUUUGGUAUUCUCUUCUGGUCCAAAGUUUUAGCACCCAGAUUUCAGUUAAAGAGCACAGGUGAGCCCCAGCCACAAGAGCAAGAUAAAGCUGGGUCGUGACUGAGGUUGAAGAUUCUGUUUCACUCCCAGAUUUACUCAGGUUUAUAAAUGUGGUAGUUCUUAUUCAUCAUACUGCUAUCUGAGGAUAAUUAAAUCCUACAGUUGCCCCUUGUAUCACUCUGCAGAGCCCAUUGAGUUCUCGAAGUUCACAGGGAACAUGCUGUGCUAGAACAGCUUUGCUCCCCAGGCUUUUAACCUCUAGUUCCUAUGGGGAUAAGAAUCCCCCUUAGGUGUUUCCAUUGAUUGAAUGGAAGGGAAUAAACAAUUAAGAUUUAUCACCUUAGGUUAUCUGUAGUCCUUUUUCCAUAUGCUGGGUGUGUUGUCUCUCCUCAUCUAUUUCGUCAUCUGCUAAUGCCAUUUGGAAACAUUCUCAAAAUCGAUGCCUUGAGUGAAUUAUUGCAACACAACAUCCAUGCUGGCACUUAAAGUUUUUCUCAUUUGUUGGUAGAUUGUGACACCUGUGUCAGAGUGGCUUUGAGAGCCCAUGUAGGCUGCACAUGUGUGAGCUGCCAACACUCUUGGCUCCUCAGGUUCCUUUUCUUCCAAGAACAUUUAUGAUAAUGGACCCAUGGAAUCUCAGCGAGGGGCUAAAGAGAGAGGCAUGGGAGCAGAGCAAUCGUUCCAUUCUUACUUCUGUGGACACCGUGUGAGACGAGUGCCUAAGAUCUCCAUCCAUGGUACUGCAUGCACAUGUCUUCACGAAGGGUUCAGCUGAAAUCGUACUUUUCCCUUAAUUGAGGGUUAGAGAAAAUAUUAGUUGGUGCCACCACACCUGUGAGGCCUAAGAAUGUUCAGAAGAAUGUUCAGGUCUCUACGUCUAUGACUGUAACACAGAAACAGAAUUUUAAAGAGUUGACCUCGGCCACACGUAAGAAAAAAAAAAUCUAAGUUUUGUACUCAGAACAUGUUUUCCACCAAGGAACUUCGUGCUCUUUAGGGGUUGUCAAUGAAAACACAAUCAAUCACAAGUGCCCGGUUCAGCAUAUGUCAGUUUCUGUGUUCCCAUGAAAAUAUUCAUUAUUGUUCUUCAGCAAGUGAGAACAUGUUUGGGUAUUUGCCAUUAUGUAGGGCUAGUCUUCUGGAGUCUCUUGGUUACCUGGGCCUUAAAGAAAGAUCUACUUCUGAGAGGACAUUUCCACCGGAGGAGGAGGAGGAGGAAGAGGCAGAGACACAGCCUGAGCUGGAGGAGCAGGCCCCUGAGGGGGCAGAAGUCCAGAAUGUUGAAGAUGAAGUAAAAGAACAAAUUCAUUCCCUUCUCCAGGAAUCGGUACACAUAGACCAUGACCUUGAAGCAGAUGGGCCAGCAGGAGAACCACAGCCGGAGGUUGAAGACUUCCUCACAGUGACUGACAGUGAUGACAGAUUUGAGGCCCCGGAACCUGGGGCAGUUCAUGAAGAAAUUGAAGAUAGUUACCAUAUAGAAGAGACAGCAUCGCAGAACCAUCCAAACGAUGUGGACGAGAUGAUGAAUGAGCAGGAAAACUCAGAUCACAGUGAAGCCGUGACAGAUGCUGAUGUGCUGCAGCCCCAUGCAGAGGAAGUAAGACACCAAGACUAUGGUGAACCAGUAUAUGAGCCUUCAGAAAAUGAAGGGAUAGAAAUUUCAGAUAACUCCAUAGAUGAUUCCAGCAUAAUUUCAGAAGAAAUAAAUGUCGCCUCUGUGGAAGAACAGCAAGACACACCACCAGUUAAGAAGAAGAAGCCUAAACUUCUGAACAAAUUUGAUAAGACAAUUAAGGUUGAACUGGAUGCUGCAGAAAAGCUCCGGAAAAGGGGUAAAAUCGAGGAAGCAGUGAAUGCAUUUGAAGAAUUGGUUCGAAAGUACCCUCAGAGCCCACGAGCAAGAUAUGGCAAAGCGCAGUGUGAAGAUGACUUGGCAGAGAAACGGAGAAGCAAUGAGGUUCUGCGCAGGGCCAUUGAGACCUACCAGGAGGCGGCCGACCUGCCCGAUGCCCCCACAGACCUGGUGAAGCUGAGCUUGAAGCGACGGUCAGAAAGGCAGCAGUUUCUAGGUCACAUGAGAGGUUCUCUACUUACCCUCCAGAGACUAGUUCAGCUGUUCCCUAGUGAUACUACCUUAAAAAACGACCUUGGCGUAGGAUACCUCUUGAUGGGAGACAACGACAGUGCCAAGAAGGUUUAUGAGGAGGUGCUGAGUGUGACACCAAACGAUGGCUUCGCUAAAGUGCACUACGGCUUCAUCCUGAAAGCACAGAACAAGAUAGCUGAGAGUAUUCCCUACUUAAAGGAAGGAAUCGAAUCUGGAGAGCCUGGCACGGAUGAUGGCCGGUUUUACUUCCACUUGGGGGAUGCCAUGCAAAGGGUCGGGAACAAAGAGGCAUAUAAGUGGUAUGAACUUGGGCACAAGAGAGGACAUUUUGCCUCUGUCUGGCAGCGUUCCCUCUACAAUGUGAAUGGUCUGAAGGCUCAGCCUUGGUGGACACCCAGAGAGACUGGCUACACAGAGCUAGUGAAGUCUUUAGAGAGAAACUGGAAGUUAAUCCGUGACGAAGGCCUCAUGGUAAUGGAUAAAGCCAAGGGACUCUUCCUGCCUGAGGAUGAAAACCUUCGGGAGAAGGGCGACUGGAGCCAGUUCACACUGUGGCAGCAAGGAAGGAAAAAUGAGAAAGCCUGUAAAGGAGCUCCUAAGACCUGUACUUUUCUAGAAAAGUUUCCCGAGACGACAGGAUGCAGAAGAGGACAGAUCAAAUAUUCCAUCAUGCACCCUGGAACUCAUGUGUGGCCACACACAGGACCCACAAAUUGCAGGCUCCGAAUGCAUCUAGGGUUGGUGAUUCCCAAGGAAGGCUGCAAGAUCCGGUGUGCCAAUGAGACCAGGAUGUGGGAAGAAGGCAAGGUGCUCAUCUUUGAUGACUCUUUUGAGCACGAGGUUUGGCAGGAUGCCUCAUCUUUCCGGCUGAUAUUCAUCGUGGAUGUGUGGCACCCCGAGCUGACCCCUCAGCAGAGACGCAGCCUUCCUGCAAUUUGA